UUUUGUAUUAGGUAGGUUUUCAGGGUGCGAUUUAUAGAUCUUAUUGCACAACAUGUUUUUCCUAACACAAGAAAAGGAUUUUAGACUUUAUUUCGAAGUCAUAGAUAUGCAACUGCAAUCUUUUGCUCCUCUUCUCAAUGGAAUAAAUGUCAAUGUCAUUUCUAAUCUGUGUGUAGAAUUUGGAUGAACUUUAUUGGCUAGUACCUACAUAAUAAAUAUACAAAAAGUGGAUCUGUGAAGUGUGAGUGCAUGAAUACCAAUUUUUCUUUUUAACCAUAAUACCUUCCACUGCAUAAACAUUACAUAGAUUUUUCAAGGACAUGGAAGACGAGUUGGAAGACAGAGUUUUGCACCAGACAUAUAUUUCGUUUAUGAAAAUAUUGUCACGUUUUACGAGCAGCCUACCGCUGGAUACACCAGUGAGCUAUUUAUGGAAAAUGGUCCGACUCUAUUUACUACGAUCUGAAGUGGUGGUGUUCACACUCGGCAUUAUUAUAUUCUUCAUGUAUCUUCAAACGAUUGAAUUAUGGAGUCGCACAAUGCUAAGCAGGCUAUCUCAAGCUAUGAGCCCAAUUAGCGCUGUUCAACGGAUGAAGCUGAUGGAAGGGUCGGACACGGAUAAACAGAGUUGGGAAUUAAAGGGCACCCUCAGCGCGGCUUAUGCAAUCAAGGGUAGAAGAAUGCACAUGGAGGACAGAUUUAUAAUUAACGAGAACAUUAACAACACUGGCAUAUCAUUAUUUGCAAUAUUUGACGGACAUGGCGGCGAAUUUGCAGCAAAUUACGCUAAAGACCAUCUCAUACAAAAUUUAUAUAAUAAAAUAGUAGAACUGAAUGCAUUUAAGGAUGGUAAGAUUGUUAGUACCCCUCAAAAAGACAGUCCUGAUGAGCCUAGACCUAAAGAAGAGAGUCCAAUUAAUGUUGAAAGGAAGACUAGUUUUAAGAAAUCUGUGAGCACUGCUGAUGAUUCCUCUAAAAAAGAGAUAACUGAUCCAGAGUUAUUGGCUCAGCUGUCUAAAUCACGACCAAUUAUAACAAGAGAAGUGAGACCAACUCUGAAGCCAGUUAAAAAUGUUGCUAUUCCAUUGUCAAGCUAUAUGGAGAAAGGCAAAAUCAAUUUUGGGAAACUGUUGACAGAUGAAGUUUUAGCUGCAGAUAGACUGCUAGUGGAAGCAGCCAAGAAGUCUAUGAAUGUUGCAGGCACUACUGCUCUUCUAGCUAUUAUGGAGAAUAACCACUUGAUUGUAGCCAAUGUUGGUGAUUCUAGAGGUGUUAUGUGUGACUCCAGAGGCAAUGCUAUCCCCGUGUCGUUUGAUCACAAACCUCAACAGGUCAGAGAGCAAAAGAGAAUUGAAGCGGCAGGUGGCUACAUUGCUUUCAAUGGAGUUUGGAGGGUGGCAGGUAUUCUAGCUACCUCACGAGCUAUGGGUGACUACCCACUAAAAGACAAGAAGUUUGUUAUUGCUGACCCUGACAUACUAACUUUUAAUCUUGAUGAUCAUAAACCAAUGUUCUUAGUAUUAGCGUCAGAUGGUCUAUGGGAUACUUUUUCUAAUGAAGAAGCUGUUAAAUUCAUUAAAGAAAGAUUAGAUGAACCUGACUUUGGAGCCAAGAGCUUAACUCUUCAAGCAUAUUACAGAGGGUCAGUAGAUAACAUAACAGUUUUAAUAAUAAAUUUCCUACAUAGCAAAAUUUCAAAUGCAACUGUACAGUAAAUUAAAAUGAAUUUAUAUAAAUUAAUAUUCUUAAAGCCUUCCAGUUUUUGAAAGGUUUAUACCAAAUUUUCAUUCAUAAACUAUGUACUUUCUUAAAAUAACAUUAUCCCAAUAUUCUAAAAUUUUCUAGAAGUUUUUACUGAUUCAUUGAUAUUUCUGAUAAUAGCAUAACAAGAUAAAAUUAUUAGAACUGAGGUCUUAAAAAUAACAUAUUAAUACAAAAUCUUGUUGUUAUUUUAUACACUAUUAUACACUUUACAACUCUAUUGACAUGCGAAAGAUAUUAACUAUUUGAAUAAUAUAGUUAUGAAAUCAUCACUCCAUAUGCAUUGUCAUGCAUUUCUAUCAAUGUUCGGUAGUGCGUAACAUAUAUUGUAGAUACUAACUAAUAUUGUUCUCAUUGCUAUGUUAUUAUCAUAUAUGUUGUAAGAAUUUGUGUAGGUGUAUGUGUAUACUUGAAACUAUUGGUGUUAAUAUCAUGAUAAUGAUGUGUAAAUAGUAACGUCCAGUAGGAAUCUAUAACAAGAGUCAUUUUAUAUUUUUAAUUGUAACUCAUGCAAGUGUUUGUCAUGAAAACAUUAAGGUAUCUUUGAGUCUACAGUUUGAAUUUAUGGAUGGUUGUGAUGUGUACGCAGUUAUUUGUCAUAAUAAUUAGGGAUUUAUUAGAUUGGGUAGCAGCAUCUUAAUUUUUACUAUCAGAUCAGUUGUUUUCUUUUAACUCUGUAUACUUUUUAUUACCAUGUAGGUGGUACACACUCACAUUAGAUUAUUUACAGUAUUUUUGUUAUAAAUUUUUAUACUGUAUGUAAUUUCAUUUGUUGUAACAUAAACAUUUUCUUACUAAACAUGAUUUGUGAAGCAACAAAUAUUUUAAAUGUAUUUUUAUGUAAAUCAUUGCCUAUUACUUUUGUUUGAAAUUUGAAUAUUGGUGUAUUAUGUAUGUGUUUAAAUUACUGCAUUUGUUAAAGCUUUAUCCUAUUCACAAGUAGAUUUGCCUGUGGUGCUAGUCAUAUUCCUGUAGUUAAAUCAUUUUAAACUUCAUUAUGUAGUAAUUUUAUGUAAAACAUAUUUUAUGUACAAACAUGUUCUGUUGUAAUUCACCUGAGAAAUAUAAUUAUGUACUCAAAAUAUAAAACGAAAAAUAUUUUUGUAUUUCAAAUAAUAUUAUAUAAUUAUGUAGUACAUCUUUUACAACUAUUGGUGUAAUGUAUAAUGUUCUAUUUAGGUACAAAGGUUUUUAAUCGGCCUAUGGAUUAUUGCAUCUCAACUGCAUAUUAAGGGGCCAAAACAAAAUUGUUCUAAUGACCUAGUUAAUGCGAUUGGUCUAACUUUCAGAAAUAUUUAUAAACAAGGUGCCAAAAUUUCAUGUAUGUAUUUUAAAUAAUGACCAUAUUUUGUUAACUCAGUUAUUUUAUAUUAGAGCAUUUAGUUACUUGUAGUUACUAAAUAAACAGGGAAGAUGGAAACAAUAUAUUAUGAAAGAAGAGUUUUUGUAUUCAUAUUAAGUUGAAAUUUGUUAUUUUAAGAUUCAUUUUUAAUUACCUGUUUUAAGUUUUAUACAGAAAAUGAAUUUAUUUUUCCUAAAUUUAAACCUAAAAACUGUAAUUUCCUGAAGAGUAAGAAAGCUUUAAGACAGGUAAAAAAGAAUGAAUUACUAUAUAUAAUGUCUGAUGGUGUAUAAUGUUGUGCUCAUGUUUUGUUUUUACUAUAGGAAUAUUUUUGGUAAUGUUUCUAUAGUUUCAUAUUAUGGUCUCAUCACUCUGACAAGCCACACUGUGCUAUGGACACAACUUAUUUGCUUAAAGUAUAGAAUUUUAAUUAUUUUUCAUAUCUUAGAAAUAAAGGGAAAUGAGUGUUUACACUUUGUUAGUAACCAUGUAAUGGAGUUCAAAACGCAAUUUUGGUGCAAAUGUAACUUGAAAAUGCAGGGCUGGAUUAAAAAGGCCGAAAUAUGUAUUGGGUAGUUUCAUCUGUAGUAUAGUAUAAAGACAUUUAGUUCCUGGGCUACCAUUAUUUUGGUGCCAUAGUCAUAAGUACAAUGUUAAUUUCAUGUAAUGUCCAAUUUUUGUUGAUUUCAUUAUUGAUAUUUGCAAUAUAUUUUUUUAUGUGUUCUAGUUUCUAAAAAUGUACCUGUUAGUUAUUGCUUAGGCAAUUUCACAUUAACCAGUAAAGUUAGCGAUACUCGCCAAAACUCUGGAAAACAGACGUACGCGAAUAUACGAAAGUAAAUGCAUAAAAUGAAGGUAGUAGCUAGGUAUUGGAUGAUAAUGUUUAUGUACUCAGGCCGGUUUCAAGUCAUGCUGGGGCCCUUGGAUUUGUACGACUUGGGGAAUACUUUCAAUGGCAACUGACACCAGGACAUAAAUGUAGGUGUUGCGAAAUAAUUCAUCGACUAAAAAAUUUUAAACAUUUUUUUGUUCUUAGAGAGCUGCUCUGUUGGUAUUUUUGUGGAUAGCUAUUAUUUAAUCCGGCCCUGUUUAUUAUGUAGAAGUCCAUUUGGUAAAACCUGUGGACGCCAGUCGGCAUGCCAUAAUAUAUUUUUGUCCUAAAAUCUAUAAAAUUAUGGCGACAUUAGUGUUACCAUACAUAGGUACUUAACCAAAGGUUUGUGUAGAAUGUUGUCCAAUCGCUUACUACUGAACUACCUACCAAAGUAUAACAAUAUCCAAAAUAAAUAAAGGGUCAUACGUAAA